GAAAAAUUCUUAUCUGGCCAGUGUCAUUUUUCUGCUUAUCUCUCAGCUGUUACACAAUCGUUUCAGGCUUAUAAACGUUUUGGAAAGUCCGCAGUCGGCACAGUUUUAGGAUUGUUAGCCCGCUGGCACUGCAAACCAUGAGCUGGUUCGUGUACGCGACCGUAACCCUUCUGUCCCUGGUCCAGGGGAACCCGACAGUGAAGAGCAGCCAGCAGCAGGCUCCUCCAACCGCAGAGCAGAGCGUCGGCUAUGUCCAGCAGCAACAAAGCACCCUUGAAUACAACAACAUGGAGCCCAAGCCCGCGCUGACGCCAGCGGAGGCCAUGCCUGUGGAGGAGCUCAACCCCUCACACUACCCUGCCCGCCGGGCGGCUCACGUCGCCCAGCACUACCUCAACACCCAACACGGGUCGCCCUUCAAGUUGCUGGGGGUGGAUCGGGUCGUGAGUGCCACCUCAGAGGAAAUUGCUGGAGUAGGAAUGAAGUAUGUUGUGGUGUUUGCACUGAAGGAGAUGAUCACAAAUGAGCCAAUGGGACAGUGCUCCGCUGAGGUGCUAUACCCUAUCGGAGAGGAGCAGGCCCCGCCCCAGGUGCAGUGCUCCUGCGAGGGCCUGCUCCAUAUCGACACCAAGGCGCAAGAGGAGGCCCUCUACCAGCAGCUGAAGGCCAGUGACAGCCUGGUGUCGGGGCACAACAUACCAGACAGCUACGGGUUCAUCGCUCCGGAGAUGAAACCCUUCUGGCACCUGGGGGGCGUGGCCUCCAGCUUUGUGAUGCUGAAAGAGUCCAAUGAGAGCACCCUGUACAACAUGGCCCAGGUGGUCAAUGUCACACAGCAGGAGAGUCAGAACAAGGAGUUGACAUUCCAAUACCAUGUGCUGCUUCAUGAAAUGGUGUCCCAGGAGAUAAUACACUGGAAGCUUCUUGUCGCCUGGUGUCCAGCAGAGGGGGUGAGAGUGCUCCAGACUGAGUGGCAGCCCAAAUGCCACCACUGUGUUGCACCUCCCUCAAAUACCACCCUCACACUAUACUCUACCAGCUGAGCUCCUCUCUCAGACCACUUUCCCGCUCCCUGACACACACAUUCACACAUGCACCUACAUGUACGCACACACAUACACACAUACGCACACACACACACACACACACAGCCACACACACAAACACAGCUCACACGCAGCCCUCAGACCGAAUCAUCCAUAACCAUCCUCGUUACUGAGAGUUAAGUCAGAGGGCAAUGCCACUGACUGGCACAGACAGCGGUUUCUACUGUCUAAGAUGAACACGCUGCGAUUAUCAUUUAACCUCCCGGUCGUUGCUGGUCACUGAGCAUCUCCACGUCUGCGGAGCCAAGCUGGCUGGUAAUUACUGUGAUAAUCAGGCAUAGCCAGAACACUGUUGCUACAGCUUUGCAUCAGUUGUGAGGUGAAGGAAGGGCAGGGUGGAGUGGCAUAACUGAACCACUGCAAACGUACCGCUUUAUCUUUCAGAUCACACUUAACAGUAUUUCUUGAUUUUUUAUAUAUCAUUUUAUAUAUAUAUAUAUAUAUGCUCCCUCUUUAGUAUAUGAAAAAAAAAUGAGUAAAUACACCAUUUAUAAACACUACUCUGAAGAAAUACCAA